AUGGUCAGUAAAAGAAAAGCAUUACGUGUUGACGAAAAAGUUUGUAUGAUUCGUGCAAUAGAAAAGGGAGAGAAGAAAAGUAAUGUUGGACGACGUUUAGGGCUGAGUCCUUCUACUGUUGCAACUAUUUGGAAGAAUAAAGAUGCAAUUCUACUGGCAGAGCUGCAGGGAGGGUCUUCUAAAAAACUAAGAAGGCCGAAAUUCGAAGAUUUAGACAAAGCAAUGUUGUUGUGGUUGAACAAUGAACGCCAGAAUGAUAAACCCAUCUCAGGACCAAUUAUUAAAGCCAAAGCAGAGAAGCUAGCUGAGAAAUUUGGCAUAACUGAUUUUAAAGCAUCACAAGGUUGGCUAGAAAAAUUUAAGCACAGACAUAACAUUACCUAUGGUAAAAUUAAAGCACAAACGCGAACACAAACUGUCGAUACAAAUGUGAAAGAAGAGCACAAUGAAGAUGUAGAAAAUGAUCAAACCGAAACUGAAGAUGUUGAAUUACCUCCAACACUUCAAGAAGCACUGGAUGCUGCCAAAGUUAUUGAAAAGUUCUUGAUGUUUAAUCACAUGCAAAGGCAUAUAUAA